AUGGUAGCCACUACCGCGGAUCCAGAAAAAGUUCUAUAUUACCUGGACACCGCACUGCAGUGCAAUGAACUUGCAUUUGCCCCCUUUCGAGAGGCUUUGGCCCACCUCACCCCUCUCAACUGCGAUGCCGUCUUUGCUCAAUCAGCGAUCGUUACUAUCAUUGGCAUGGCACUCCCUCGGCUAAACGCCCAGCAUCGCGGUGAACCCUUUAGCAUGAUCGAAACUAUGAUGACAGUUUUUGAGCUGCUGCAGGGGGCAAAUAAGAUCUCACAAAUUAGCAAACCGUGGCGACAGGCAAGCAUCUUCUCCAAAUACGACUGGACGGAGAGUACUGCGUUGGAUCCCGACAUGGCCAAUGCUAUCGCACAACUGCGAAUGCUCAAUAGCUCAAUCGAAAUCACAGACUCGGUGCAGUAUAGCGUUAAUCAGGAAGCUAUCGACUCCCUACAAGACUCCUUUGCCAAAUUCACCCAUGCGCCCCAUCCUGCACCUAUCUUGGCUUGGCUCACCUACGUCAAGAGGGAAUUUGUGGGUGGGUUGCGCGCACGUCAGCCAUUCCAGUUGUUGAUCCUCAUGAAUUGGGCAGUUCUAUUAAAUGAACUGGGGGCCCAUUUCUGGUGGGCCAAGGGCUGCGGGGGAGAACUAGUCACGGAGUUAUUGAGUGAGCUGAAGGAUCAUAAUGAGAAGUGGAAAUUGAUAUUGCAGUGGCCGCAGCAAAAGAUCGGAAUAUGA